AUGGCAAUUCUUGUCUUAGAACAAUGUUACAAUAUCUUGAACUUGCUCUUUGUUCUAACUUUUGUUCUAUUGAACUCUGCUCAUUGCUUUAACCCAAAAAGUCUCAAUGUUUCGGCAGUAGCGGAGGAUUCCGAUUGGUCUCUGGCCGGAGCUACGUUCUAUGGCCUCCCCACAGGCUACGGAACCGACGAUGGAGCGUGUGGAUAUAAAAAUGCUGUGGCACAAGCUCCAUUUUCGUCCAUGGUAUCAGCCGGAGGUCCGUCGUUGUAUAAGUCGGGGAGAGGAUGUGGUGCAUGUUAUCAGAUAAAAUGCACUUCGAACCAGGCGUGUUCGACCAAUCCGGUUACGGUAGUGAUUACAGACGAAUGUCAAGGAUGCGUCAGAGAGUCGUUCCAUUUCGAUUUGAGCGGUACAGCGUUUGGUGCGAUGGCCGUUCCCGGGCAAGAUAGUCAGCUUCGAGAUGCCGGAGUUUUGCAGAUUCUUUUUAGAAGAGUUGAGUGCAACUAUAAUGGCGAAACGGUGGUGUUUCAAGUGGACAAUGGUUCAAAUGCCUACUACUUCGCGGCUUUGGUGAAGUAUGUAAACGGCGACGGGGAAAUAGGCUUAGUUGAACUCAAACAAGCGUUAGGUUCUGAUACAUGGCUUCCGAUGAGCCACUCAUGGGGUGCGGUUUGGAAGCUUGCAGUGACGUCACCUCUGCGAGCUCCACUGUCUCUCCGGUUGACUUAUCUAGACUCCGGCGAGACCGUUGUGGCUUCUGAUGUUAUACCGGCCGGUUGGCAGCCUGGUGCAAAGUACAAAUCGAACGUAAACUUUCAAGUAUAGCUAGAUUAAGUUUAGCUUGCUCACGAGUCACGAGUCGAGUAUAAUAUCUAGUAGAAGUUAUCUUCCUUACAUGUUUGCUAAUUAACCUUAAGUAAGCAUGUAGCUAUGUUGGUUUUUAAAUAAUUAAUGUGUACGCCCCCUAGGGCGAAAUAAAAAAAUUGUGUUCAAUUUCAUAUGGUGAAUUGGUAUAACGAUAAUCAGUCACUUGUAUGAUAACAUAAAAUGUAAU